GAAAUAACAGCGCAAUCACAAAAAAAACAGUCGGCGGUAGUUUCAUGCUUGGUCUUCAAAUGGGUGUGGGGAUGCUCCUUCCCUCUAUAUCCAUCAACGAUAAAACCUUCCUCUAUAAAACCCUAGUUUUUCCCAAACCCUAUAUCAGAACCCUAACGUCUACAAAACCCCAAUUCCAACGUCCGACCAAACCUCCUCCUCUUUCAGUACACUUCUCCGGUGGCAAAACGAACUUUUACAAAGAAAAUUCGGUUCAAUUUGAUGAUCUUCCUCGAAAUUGGAACCUCAAAAGGAGUUUGUUUGAGAAGCUCAAAGCUAAAGACUCAAACCCUGUUCAGAUCCUCGAAGAGGAUGGAGAUUGGAGCAAAGAACUUUUCUGGGCUGCUGUUGGAUUCCUCAAUCAAACCUCCAGAUCGAUCCAGGUUCUUCAGGUGUUUGAUAAAUGGAAGAGCAAGGAUGAUUCUCGAGUGAGCCAAUUCAACUACGAGAGAAUCAUAAGUUUGUUAGUUGAAGAGGGAUUAGUUGAAGUUGCAGCGUUGACCUUGAAAGAUAUGAAGAAUUUUCAUGGUUUGCAGGCUUCAUCUGAGAUCUAUGAUUCAAUCAUCAAUGGUUUUCUCAAAAAAGAAAGAUCCGAAGAUGCAUUGUUUUAUCUUAAGGAGAUGGAAGAUACCAAAGUGAUUCCACAGCCACAUACGUAUAAUAAACUAAUCAAAGCGUAUGCAGAUAAUGGUUUGUAUGAUGAUAUGGCAAAGUGUGUUAAAAGAAUGGAAUCAAACGGGUGUUUCCCUAAUCAAUCUACUUAUAAUUUGUUAAUCAGAGAGUUUUCAAUAGCUGGAUUGAUUAAAAGAAUGGAAAGAACAUAUCAGAUUGUGAUCUCAAAAAAGAUGGAUCUUGAAGCUUCAACAAUGGUGGCAAUGCUCGAUGCGUAUGCCAACUUUGGGAUAUUGGAAAAGAUGGAGAAGGUUUAUAAAAAGGUGUUGAAGUUAAAACCGAAAGUUUUCUUGAAAGAUGAUUUGAUUCAUAAAGUGGCUAUUGUUUACAUUGAGAACUUUAUGUUUUCUAAGUUAAACUAUUUGGGAAACGAGCUUUAUCAUACCAAAACAAAGAAUAGUGACAUGGUGUGGUGUUUACGGAUGCUUAGUCACGCGUGUCUUUUGAGUAGAACCGGAAUGGAAUCCGUGAUUCAAGAGAUGGAAUACAAGAAAGUUGGAUGGAAUGUGACGAUUGGUAACACAAUGUUGUUUGCAUAUGGGAGAAUGAAAGAUGUUGAGAACAUGAAAGUUGUAAUCUUGAAAAUGGUGGAUAGAGGUGUGAAAGGUGAUAUUGUUACUUGUGGGAUUUUGUGUGAUGUAUACGGGUUUGAUGAGUUAAGUUAUUGGAGAAAAGUGGGAUUGUUUGGAGAUGUUGUGGAGUUUAAAAGUAACCCUUUGAUUGUUGUUGCAUUUGGAAAGGGGGGUUUUUUGAAAAUUGUUGAAGAACUUGAUCAUAGAGAGAGUAAAGUUUGGAGCUAUGAGCAUCUUAUCAAGUUGGUGAAGCAACAUCAAAUUGAUGAAGAUAGGUUUACAUGA